UGACAACUCUCCUAUGUUGCCUCAUCGUAAAUGGAUGUGUAAAGAUCUUCAACCAAAUUUGGUGGAGACUAUUAAAACUUCUGAUAACGAAGAAUAUUCUGAUGAUGAAGAUUCUGAAAUUGAGAUAAGCGAAAAUACCCUUGAAUUCUUUGAUGAGGCAGAUCAACUCAUUGAAUCAGAAUGGAAAUUAUUGAGUGAGAAACUCGUCAAAAACGUCCUUUCAGAAAAAGCAUCAAAUAUGUUUGAGAGUUAUAAAAAUUCGAAAAGAUUGAAUGCUUAUCAAGCCAGUGUCAUUAG